AUGGUCUCCACUCGGCGAGGUAUUGCAAACGCAGAGCUGGCAACGAUUGGCAUGGAACGGCUCAAACCUAUCCGACAGGAGAGUGACACUAUUCGUGUCCUCGUUCCUAGUACCAAGAAGGUAGGCAAAGCUUCGCUGAAGCGAAAAGUGCCCAGCACUCCUCCCAAUAUGGCGAUCUUCAGCACUAUCAGUGAGCAUGACCUCAGUCUCACAUCUCCGAGCACCGGCGAAACUCUAAAGCUACUCGCAAUGAGCAUACCCAAGAAAAAACAAGGCUCAAUCGACCAUGGUGAACGCACCGUCUACUCUGCCCUCCGAAGGCUUGCACCAAAGCCCUCUGCAAACAUGAGCGGUAGCUGCCACAACCCCAUCAUCGUCGACGAUACCUUAUCACCACCACGAAAAGUAGUUCGAGCUCCAGAGCGAAGCCAUAGACACAAACGGCUGCCAGGACCUCAUCAAUUCAUCGGCAAUGGUUAUAGAGACCUAUACAAUUAUCACGCCUCCAAACCAGCAUUAGCGGCCAUGCCUGCGAACGGAAGUACAUUCACCGGGCAUCAGAGUCAUGAUAUAUACCGUAUGAUGAACGCGAAGAUAACUGCAGCGCCAGAUUUUAGCCCGAACGCAGCAUGGGGCCGCAACACCCUCAACGUACCUUUUGAAGUGCAAUAA